AUGGUUGUUGCAGAGUUCAAAUUUUGCAAUCAGACCAUCUCGCAUCCUGUUUCAGGAUUAAUUACUGUCAAAGAGAUGAUAAGUGUGGUGAAACAAAAGUGGCCUUAUGUUCCUGAAGACCUCAUUCUUUUUAGUUACACUUUAAGGACAUGUGUUGAUUCUAUUUCUUCAUCUUCUGCUCCUGAUCCUGCUUCUUCGUCAUUAUCAAGUUGUAUUUCAAUCGAUGAGGUAGUUCAAUUGGAAGACGUCACUGAUGAUGCGUGUUUGAUCAAAAAGGUCCCGAAGAAGUCUGAUGCUUGGGUCAACAUCUUAACUGGAGUAGGGCAGUUGUUUGAAGGUGGUAUUAAAGAAGUUAAGGAUUAUGUUACAAAGAGGAAAAUUGUCGCUGGAGGUUUCACGCCUCUCUCCUCGCCAACAAAAGGUGUAUUUCGAUGCAAGAGAUACAUUGGAGAGCAUUCAUGUAGUUUAGCUUCUUCUGACCCAUCAAAAGUUAGGAUGAGAAAAUCGUUUUUGAAGGAUAUAUUGGCAGAUGAUUUACGAGCAUCUAAGAAGAAGAAGACUGCUUCUGAUGUUAUAGAUUUACUCCGAAUGGAAUACGGAGUUGACCUCACGUAUAGUCAGGCGUACCACGGUUUACAAUUCACCAAGCAAUUUUUUUGGGGUGAUGACAUCAAGUCUUAUUCAGAUUUUGUUUGGUAUAAAGAUGCCAUUAAACAUUACAAUCCUGGAAGCGUCGUGAAUUUUGAAGCUUCUAUAACUGGUUUCAACAAUUACUGUCGUCCGAUGCUAUUUAUUGAUUGUACCUUUCUCACUGGGAAGUUCAAAGGUGGUCUUAUGGUUGCUUGCGGCAAAACUGGUAACCAAGGUGGUAUUAUUCGUGAAGAUCGUCCACUGACCAUCAUAUCAGAUCGUGGAAAUGGCCUUUUGAAGCAUGUGUCUGUAGUCUUCCCAAAGGCUUUCCAUUCAUACUGUUUGUACCAUAUGAAAGGAAAUAUUCCUAUUCCAAAGGGCAAGAGCAAACAAACUGCAGUCAAGUUAUUCGAAGAGUGCUACACUGCAUUAACAAAGGAAAAUUUUUAUGCUGCUGCGAAGAGUAUGAGUAAUCUAAAGUUGGAUUCAGUGGUUGCUUGGAUGAUGAAGAUUCCAUUUGAGAAUUGGGCUGCUCAUGCAUUUCUAGGAUAA